AAAUGUCGGCCCCCCAAGGACACGGAUUUCAUCUGUCUUGUGCACGGCUACAUCCUCAGCACUUAGAACAGCACCUGGCAAACAAUAGGUGCUCAUUCAAUGUUUGUCCAAUAAAUGAACGAGUGAUUUACUGAGCAUUUACUCUGUGCCAGUCGUGGUCCUGCGGCAGACGGAGCCGAGCCCCAACCAGGAAGGGAGUCUGAGCACUGGGACUUCAACGCCACCAUCUCCAAGACUCGGUUUGGGGUGAAAGAUGGCGCUGACUGGGUACAGCUGGCUGCUCCUCAGUGCCACAUUCCUGAAUGUGGGGGCUGAGAUCUCUAUCACCCUGGAGCCUGCCCAGCCGACCGAAGGGGACAACAUCACGCUGGUCGUCCACGGGCUUUCGGGGGAACUGCUCGCCUACAACUGGUACGCGGGGCCCACGCUCAGCGUAUCGUACCUGGUGGCCAGCUACAUUGUGAGCACAGGCGAUGAGACUCCUGGCCCGGCCCACACGGGGCGGGAGGCUGUGCGCCCCGAUGGCAGCCUGGACAUCCAGGGCGUCCUGCCCCGGCACUCAGGCACCUACAUCCUGCAGACGUACAACAGGCAGUUUCAGACUGAGGUGGGCUACGGACACAUGCAGGUCUAUGAGAUCCUGGCCCAGCCCACAGUCUUGACCAACAGCACGGCACUGGUGGAGCGUCGAGACACCCUACGCCUUAUGUGCGGCAGCCCCAGCACCACAGCUGAGGUCCGCUGGUUCUUCAACGGUGGGGCCCUGCCCGUCGCUCUCCGCCUGGGCCUGUCCCCUGACGGCCGGGUGCUGGCCAGGCAUGGCAUCCGCCGGGAGGAGGCCGGUGCCUAUCAAUGUGAGGUGUGGAACCCGGUCAGUGUCAGCCGCAGUGAGCCCAUCAACCUGACCGUGUACUUUGGCCCAGAACGUGUGGCCAUCCUCCAGGAUUCCACCACCCGCACAGGCUGCACCAUCAAAGUUGACUUCAACACGUCCCUCACCCUGUGGUGCGUGUCCAGGUCCUGCCCAGAGCCCGAGUAUGUGUGGGCCUUCAAUGGGCAGGCCCUAAAGAACGGUCAAGACCACGUCAACAUCAGCAGCAUGACAGCUGCCCAGGAGGGGACGUACACAUGUAUUGCGAAGAACACCAAGACCCUGCUAUCUGGAUCUGCCUCGGUCGUGGUCAAGCUCUCUGCUGCAGCAGUUGCCAUGAUGAUCGUGCCCGUGCCCACCAAGCCAAUGGAGGGCCAGGACGUGACGCUGACCGUGCAGGGCUACCCCAAGGACCUGCUGGUCUACGCCUGGUACCGCGGGCCUGCCUCCGAGCCCAACCGGCUGCUCAGCCAGCUGCCGUCAGGAACCUGGAUUGCAGGCCCCGCACACACAGGCCGGGAGGUGGGCUUCCCCAACUGCUCACUGUUGGUGCAAAAGCUGAACCUCACAGACACUGGCCGCUACACACUCAAGACCGUCACACUGCAGGGCAAGACCGAGACACUGGAAGUGGAGCUGCAGGUGGCCCCCCUGGGGUAGCAGCGUGACCCUGGAGACGUCCAGAGAGAAGAGCUCUUCGCACCACCCUCUGGUCCUCGCCCUCUGAGUGGGAACCGCUCCCCCCACAGCAAGGAUGCCAGGCUGUGGUCCUGCUGUUCUCCUGCCUCCACCCUAGAGCUAGAGCCACAGGGCCCCACUCCCUCGCUGAGCUGUUGGGGAGCCACCGAAGCCAUAAAAGUCCUGGUUAAUGCACAUGUGUGUCAGCCUCUCCUUCCACCACCGCUAGCCCCGCCAUUUCC